GAGUGGAAAUCACAUUUCAGAACCUGUUAGUGCAGCCAUGCAGACCACAGUAGCCUUCCUCCUUCUUGGACUCUGCAGUUGUUUUGUAACUGCAGACGACCAGAGAGUGGCUGGUAGACAGAUGUUGGCGUCUCAAAAGGAUUAUUAUGUCCGUAAAGUACAUUAUAUCCUCUACAAGCUGCAGAGCAUUGAGGAUUGUGGUUGUUCUGGCCAGCAAAAGAUAGAGAGGGAAAAAUGCCUGGUGGAAGACAUCCUCAUCACUGUGAGAAUGCUGGCAAUGGAUUAUAAGAUCCCACUAGAGGAACUUGUAGAUAAACUGUUUGGCUUUGUUAAAGAUAAAGUUCUGAUCCUGGAAGCACUAAAGGCAAAUAACAUACAUACAUUAACCAGAGCAUUGGGUGGAACGGUCAGAGUGAUUGCUCAAAACAUAAAAUAUGUUGUUCCAAGGCUUAUGUCCCUAGUGAACUGCCUUGUGGGGUCUGUUGGUGAUACACUUUCUGACUUGCUCAGACAACUGAACAUAGGAUCGGGCAAUCUUCUUGACCUUCAGAAUGGUUUAGUUGGUAAUCUUCUUUCAACUGUUGGCUCUGUGCCAGGCCUUAUUCAAAAGGUUCAGGAUAUUACUGGUUGCCUGACUAAUGAUGUUGGAAGCCUGCUUGGGGGAAUUAUUGGAGGAUAAAUACAGGCAACACAGGAAAUCACCUCCCAUGUGUCUUGAAAGUUGUCUGAAAUUAUAUAUAUAUUUUUUAUUCUGAUGAUUUUAAUUUUACCCUAAAUACUGAGCACAUUCUAGCAAUUUCACUGCAUUUCUUUAAUAAAAGAAAAACACUGUUAUGGGAUA